GGGCGCUGUAUCAGCACCGAGCGAGAGAGCGCUGUGUCCUUGCAGUAACGCUCAGCCCUCUCCCGGGCUCGGCGGGGCUGCUCGCAAGCUGCUCCGACGCUAGUGGUCAGUAUCAUUGACGUCAAUAGGGAGACGCAGAUGUGAGCUCGGAUUUCCGCAAAGCAGCAAGAGCGAGGAGCCGUACAGAGAGGAAAGAGCGAGCUCUGCGGAGAGUGAUCCGGAUCCGAGCCACUGCCGGAGUUGUGCAGUUUAAACAAUCCAGUCAUGGUUAGGAGGAGGUCGGGCUGAAGCUCUCCGCCUUGCAACUGCCUGGCGAAUGUUUCAGCAGGUAGAGCCUGCUUGCUGCUGGGGGAGAGACACUACACAGACGCAGGUCCCGGACACCGCACUGCAGGUCCCGGAGCCCGCUGCCCGUUGAAGCUACCUCCGGGGACGUGCCUCUGCGGCGGGAGAGCGAACCACAUUCAACAAUGGCAGGACCAAGGCAAUGCUGCGACGGGAAGAUCGCCGGGCUGUACGAUCUGGACAAGACCCUGGGUAAGGGCCACUACGCCGUGGUCAGGUUAGCCCGGCACGUCUUCACCGGGGAGAAAGUUGCGGUCAAAGUCAUUGACAAGACCAAAUUGGACAAGUCUGCCACGGGCCAUCUGCUGCAGGAGGUCCGGUGCAUGAAGUUGGUCCAACACCCCAACGUGGUGAGGCUGUACGAGGUGAUCGACACCCAGACUAAGCUCUACUUGAUCCUGGAGCUGGGGGACGGCGGAGACAUGUUUGACUAUAUUAUGAACCACGACAGGGGGCUCUCGGAGGAGCAAGCCAAGAUCUACUUUGCCCAGAUCGUGCACGCCAUCUCUUACUGCCACAAGUUGCAUGUGGUGCACCGCGACCUGAAGCCGGAGAACGUGGUCUUCUUCAAAGAGCAAGGGGUCGUCAAGCUGACCGACUUCGGGUUUAGCAACCACUUCCAACCCGGCAAGAUGUUGACCACCAGCUGCGGCUCGCUGGCUUACUCGGCGCCCGAGAUCCUACUGGGCGAUGAAUACGAUGCACCUGCGGUGGAUAUCUGGAGUUUGGGAGUGAUCCUGUACAUGCUGGUGUGUGGAUGCCCGCCUUUCCACGAGGUCAAUGACAGUGAGACCCUCACCAUGAUCAUGGACUGUCGCUACACGGUCCCACAGCACAUCUCUGCCGACUGCAGGAAUUUGAUCUCCAGGAUGUUGCAGAGGGAGCCGAGGAAGCGAGCAUCUCUGGAAGAGAUCGAAGGCCAUCCGUGGCUUCAAGGCAUUGACCCUUCACCAGCCAAGAAACUGAGCCUGCCCCUCACAUCCUACAAGAGCCUCUCUGAGGAAGAACACGAAAUCAUUAUCCAGGCCAUGGAGUGCGGCAACAUUGCGCACCGGGAGCUGAUACAGGAGGCUCUGGAAGCUGACAAGUACAAUCACGUCACAGCCAGCUACUUCCUGCUGGCAGAGCGGAUACUGAGAGAGAAGCAGGAGAAACAGACGCAGAGUCGGAACCUUAAUCUGGACUACAACUGGUCCUCCCAUGUACCGUGCAGGCCAUCUCUGUCAGCGCCAGUUGGUAGCUUUGGAGAUACCACUGACAGCAGCCCCUUGGGUGAAAUACACAAUGGGUUUUCGAUAAAGCACUCUGCAAACUCAAAGGGACCUGCAAAAUGCCUGGAAGCCGCGCAAAAGGACGCGGAAAAGACCAAGACCAGUAACGCAAAAGAUAUUGUGAAACUCGCAAGUAGCGCGGAAGACGGCCCAUCGCCGAUGAGAAUCCUCCUCCGAUCUUCGCUGGAAACGUCUGUCAUGCCAAAGAAUGUGUCUGUCCUUCAGCAGAUAAGUGAAGAAGAUGAAGAGGAGGAGGAGGAUCAAGUGGAGGUCAAGACCGCACCGCGGCUGAGUGUGAAGGAAGCUCCGUGCAGCAGUGUUGGUCAUGAGGCUAACAGCAUUGUCAUGUCGGGAUGUCCCAAGAAGGGCAGCAAACAGGGCGCUGGCAGCAAACAGGGUGCUGGCAGCAAACUGUUUCAUGAGAUGUGGAACUGUCAGCGUACGGGCGAGGUUAGGAGCUCCUCGGUGGAAGUCAGAGGUUCAGUGGGACCGCUCUGUUGCAGCAGAUGGGCCGGGAAAUCCGAGCAGCUUUCACAUUACUUUGGAAACAGGCCUAUCAACCUGAUGAACGAAAGCAACAACAACAGCACCAGCAAAGGUGUCCUCAGAGCACCAGUCCACGUCACCGACAUCAGCAUCGAGAAGCCACCCCCUUGCCCACGUCCUCACCGAUGUCCGGCCGCCCUAGAUGGCAAAGUCGCCGGACCCACUGUGCCCACGCAGCCCAACACUGACUUAGCAAAGGGAAAACUGCAGUCGCUCAAGAAAUGUGAAGGCACAGGUCUGGAAAGUCCAAAGCACUUGAUCGAUCAAAUUGCUGAGAACAGUGGGCUAUCAAAUGACAGUGCGUGCUUUGACAGUAGUGCAGACCCUGUGAAUAAAUUUGACACUGCCCGGUCAAAAAAUGUAAAUAUCAGGGACAGGAUACUGCAGAUCCCACUCUGUGAGAAAGCCCUUUCCUUUAAGAUAAAGCCAAACUCGAAAGAGAAUCUCCUCUCUUUUGGACAGUUCAACUGUUGUCAUGUAAUUUAGUUGUUUUUUAAAUUAUAUAGUGUGUGUGUGUGUGUCUGUGUGUGUGUGCGUGCGGGUGUGUGUCUGCACACAUGCUGGUUGUAAAUAUGUAUCAUCUUUUGCAGAAAAGGGUGGCACUGAGGUAAAGGGUUUGGAAAGGAAGAGGUUGCUUCUGGCUGUGCCCUCCCUGAGGGUAGUCUCACCUUGCUGUGGAGGCCAGGGUGUGCACUGUGCAUGACUCCCCAUCUGUUACGGGGUGGAGACAGUCAUGUACAGCACACACCUGGACUCGCGUUGAGGGUCUGGGCUCCCCACCCAAAGCGUGAAGAUGGAAUAUCAGCUCUUUUAAUUCUAACUAAAUAACGGGUAUAAGCUAAAUACAAUUUGGUGCUUCUGUCUGGGUUGUAACAAGGUGCAAAGCGAGUCUCUGUAUUUUAUAAUGUAUUUUAGAACAUCUGACUUGUGGAAACCAUCCUACCAUAUUGGGACCCAACUGGAUAGUUAUGUGGUGUUUGUAUGCUUUAGGCACAGACCCAGGGUCCCACCUUACACUUCCAGAUUUGUUCACCGUUAGUUGAUGAAGAGUUGUUGUUUGCGAGAUCUACUCGUGUAUGUUCUAUAACAAUGCACAGAAGCCAUCUGCUGCCCUGGGGCAGACAGCUGAAGUGUGUGCAUAUUAAGUGUACCUCUUUCAUUGUCACCUUUGUAUUAAAAAAACCCUAGUGUGUUUGCAG